AUGAGGAUCGUUGCAGCAGCCACUGCUGUCGAGGGCGGCCGCAAGACCAAGAAGCAGCUCGUCUUCCCCUUCGUCAAGAUACAGGGGCAAGAUGAGAUGAAGAUGGCGCUGCUGCUGAACGUGGUGGAUCCCAACAUUGGCGGCGUGCUUGUCAUGGGCGACAGGGGGACGGCCAAGUCUGUCGGG